UUGACUCUGGCGGGUUUCCGUAGGGAAAAACACGCGUUGCCUUAGCAACGGCUGCGAGUUUAAUCAAUUUCCUCUUACAAACGGGUUUAAAACUAGCGUUAAAUGAUAGUUUGUGAAGGAAUUAAAGAAGACGUUAAUAGAUGGCUUCGAGUAACCCGUCGUUGUUCCUUCUUACUGUAAACGGACAAAUAGAGGGAGCGAACUUUCCAGAGUAUGACAGCCUUUACUGCAAAUACUCCUACGUUUACGGACACGACUGGGCCAUUACGACGGGUCUAGAAGAGGGCAUCACCCAGAUCACCUGUAAAAGCAGUUUGUCACGGACUUUAGUCUGGAACUUUCCUCUGGAAACAACGUUUAAGAGCACCAAUCCAUCUGGAUGGCCUCAGAUUGUGAUCAGUGUGUAUGGACCUGAUGUGUUUGGCAAUGAUGUGGUGAGGGGCUAUGGAGCGACCCACAUCCCUAUCACACCCGGACAACACACUAAAACCAUUCCCAUGUUUGUUCCCGAGCCCACAUGGAGACUCCAGAAGUUCACAGGCUGGUUGCUAGGGCGAAGACCGGAGUACACAGACCCUAAAGUAGUGGCGCAGGGUGAAGGCAGAGAAGUAACAAGAGUUCGUUCUCAAGGUUUUGUCACCGUCUCCUUCCACAUCACCACCAAAGACAUGAAGAAGAUGGGCUACGACACGGGACCGUCCAACCCCCAGACUGCUGGUGGCGUGGACGCUUUCUAACACAAGCCUCAAAUCUUUUUAUACAUUUGUACUUAAAUGCAUAUUUCUAUAUAUAUUGUUUUGCAGAACAGUUUUUUUAAUAAACACCAAGUGCUGCAUUUGGUUGAAAGACUACACAAAAGCAAAGACAGUGGAGCUGCAGUGAAACCUUUUAUUUUGAAACGACGCAGCUACACCCGCCCUCCUCCAUCCGCCUGCUGCGCUCGUUUGUUUAGAUGCCGUUAAAAUACCACAACGACUUUUCCUACAAAAUAAACCCAUUACACAGAAUGAUAGGGAAUAGAGAAAAACAGUAUGUUACAAUAGUACAAAUGAUAAAUUAUAUCAUACAGUUAUAAUGCCAACAGGGGGGGGAGUAUAAAUCCAAUAAACAUUUUUAAAAAAAGAAGCAGCCUGCACCCAGUGCUAUGAGAAAGUAACUGGACGCACAUGAAAGAGAAAAACCAAGAGUCUGAAUAUGUAUAGAAAUACAGCCUGUAAGGUCAGUCGGUCCUCUUUAUAGAAGCAGAAACACAAGAGCUCACUACAUUUCGCCUUUAUUUUCUAUCAUUUGUCAUUGCCUAAACAAAUGCAAUGAUGUUUUAUCUGUUCAGACUGGAAAAAAUAUUGUUUUAAAGUGUUACUCUGUAGGAAAGUGGCUUCCUUGGUGUUUGUUCCAGAAACAUUUUUUUAGUAAAUCUUAUUUUGAAAAGACAAACGUAGCAUUGAGCUUCUUUGUUUUUUUUUCUUACUCAAAUAUUUGCAUCUUUUUUGUCAGAGUGAAAAAAACAUUCGCUGCAGAGUAAAUAUCAAACGCAGCUUUAGCGAUCCCUCAUUUUAAGCCUAAUAUAUAUGUAAUAGCAUAGGUAACCACGAGGGGGCGCCAAACCACUCCGAGAGAAAGCUCCCACUGUAAAUGCUGGCAAGUCCAACUGAAGACAGAGCUGACUCAGAACACAGCAGGUGCAGAUCCCUCUUUUUCCUCCAAUACCAUCAGAGGUGGAGACGCUGCACCUACCGGUUGAAAGUGUAAGGAAUUCUGGCGCUUUGACGUAUUAAAUACAAAACAAACGAGUGUCAGUGAUAUGUGGUCCUAGUCGUAGUGUUUUCUACACACUGCACCCCCAGAAAUCACAGUUGCUUCCACUUUGGUAAAUAGUUGUGCUUCUAAGAGAGGAGUGUUACACGGCCUACCCAUACAGUGAAACAAAAGUACACAAAGUAGACACGACGACAAACGGCUUUGCACAGCUAAAAAAAAAAAAAA